GUUCUUGUUUAUUGUUGACAGAUCACAGAUGAAUUUAGAAAAUAGGAAAAAAAUCUUCAAAUUGUAAUUUUUACACAAGAAAUCAAAUCCAAUUUCAAAACUAAACCAACAAAAUAGAUGAAAAAUAAACUCAUUCAAAAGUUUUUUAGUUUUUCCUUAUAAAAAAACCUUCCAUUUGUAUUAUGUUGACGCACAAAGGUUGUCAAGGGGCGCGUAAGAAAAUGCAGGUAUCAUUUGUCAUACGAGAUGCCGAAGAGAAGCAACACCGGAAUGGAGUCAAUGCACUGCAGUUGGAUCAAAAUAAUGGAAAACUUUAUUCAGCUGGGAGAGACGCAAUCAUCAGGGUAUGGAAUACAAAAGAAACCGAAUCACAAAACAAAUAUAUCAAAAGUAUGGAACAUCACAAUGAUUGGGUCAACGAUAUAGUUUUGUGCUGCAAUGGAAGAAAUUUGAUUAGUGCCAGCUGUGAUACAACUGUUAAGGUGUGGAAUGCCCAUCAAGGCUUCUGUAUGUCAACCCUCAAAACUCACCGAGAUUAUGUGCAAGCACUGGCAUACGCCAAAGAUAGAGAACAAGUAGCCAGUGCGGGUCUAGAUAAAUCUAUAUUCUUAUGGGACGUCAAUACCUUAACAGCCCUGACUGCCAGUAAUAACACCGUGUCAACUUCAAAUCUCUUAGGAUCGAGAGAUUCAAUAUACAGCUUAGCUAUGAAUCCUUCGGGAACCGUGAUUGUCAGUGGUUCUACGGAGAACCUCCUACGAAUAUGGGAUCCUCGAAUGUGCAAAAAAAUGAUGAAACUACGUGGUCAUGCGGAGAAUGUUCGAGCACUAGUCGUAUCGCCCGAUGGAACUCAAGUCGUCUCUGGGAGCUCCGAUGGUACCAUAAAACUGUGGCAUCUGGGACAACAGGGUUGCAUUCAGACAAUAAAUGUCCACACAGAAGGAGUGUGGGCAUUGUUGAUGAGUGAGAAUUUCCAAUAUGUAAUAUCGGGCAGUAGGGAUAAGAAGAUUUUCCUAACCGAGCUGCGGAAUCCCAGCAAUAGUGUGCUGGUGUGUGAGGAGAAGGCUCCCGUUCUGAGUCUGUGCUAUGACAUCGAUAAGACGGGCGUGUGGGCGACAACAUGGAAUUCAGAUAUUCGUUGUUGGAAACUGCCGCAUCAUGACAAAAGUUCACAGAAUUCAACACCUGCCACCUCCACCGCUGCCGCCACCACUGAUGGUAGUACAAAGGGUGUUGAAAUUACAUGUAUCAAGGGUGGAGCAGCAAUAAAAAAAUCAACUGUGUUAAAUGAUAAACGUCACAUUGUGACAAAAGACACAGAAGAUAACGUAUCGAUUUAUGAUGUGUUGAGGGUAGUCAAGAAGGAAGAUCUUGGCAAGGUCGAUUACGAGGAGGAGAUUAAAAAACGAAAUUACAAAGUGUACAUUCCAAAUUGGUUUACAGUGGAUCUCAAAACUGGUAUGCCAACAAUUGUCUUGGGACAAGAUGAGGUCGAUUGUUUUGCAGCCUGGGUAUCUAUAGAAGCUGGUCUUCCUGAAUUGGCUGAACCCACAUCUGAUAUAAAAAUAAACUAUGGCAAACUACUUUUGGAAGCAUUGCUGGAAUAUUGGAGACCACCUCAUAGCUUACCCGCCGAUGAAUUAGAUUCGGAUAUUAAGGGUAAUGGUUAUUUUCAAGUUCCAAAACACACGCCUGUUAUUUUCAGUGAAGUUGCUGGUCGAACAACAUGUCGUCUGUUAGUUCGAGAUGCAGCUGGUGAAAACGAAAGCACAGGCCUACACGAGACUGUCCCGCAAUGGGUAACAGACGUCGUUAUCGAAAAGAAUACUCCUAAAUUUACUAAGAUAUCGUUCUUCCUCACACCACAUCCUUCAAUGGUCAAACCAGAACGUAUUAAAAAGGAUCGACUAGUCGCAAACGAAUUUAUUCAAUGUAGAAAAGUGUGUGAGCAUGUUUUGGAAAAGGUGCUGGGUGCAGAAACCACUCCAAGUGGCGGAAAUGCUUCAAACUCAUCCCAAAAUAGUCAAAGUGAUGCCAACUCUGAGGGCUCACAAAUUCCACCGGAAGAUCGAAUUGAAUUACAAUGCAAUGAUGUGGUUGUCGAUCCCAACAUGGACCUCCGUACAGUUCGCCACUUUAUUUGGAAGCAAUCAGCAGACCUGACUUUCCAAUACAAAACAAAGCCAAACUUUAGCUACGAUGCUAAGAUUUAAGAAGAAAAUCAAAGUUAAAAACAAAACCUCAAUUAUACACUCAUUAAGGGGGAACAAAAUGAAAAUUAUUGUUUUCUCGGUACAAAAUGCGGAAAUGCGGCGGCGCGGCGGCGGUGGACUCCUCCUAGACUCCUAGAUUACCGCAAAUGGAUUUGCCCUGUGCAAGAACUAAAGCUUAGCACACGAUGGCAUCUUUUGAUCAUCAUCACCACCAACCUUCUUUUACCAACCCCCCUUCCCUCUCUUUGUUGUUGUUAACGUAUUUAAGUGAAUUGUGUUUUUAUUUUUUAAAUUCUCUUUUUGUUUGACCUUUGAAAAAGUUCGUUCAAGUUGAGAUCAUUAUUAGUAUGAGUUUGUUUUUGAAAAAUGAUUAAAUCAAAAAAACAACAAGCUAAGCUUGUUUUUGUUUUCUCAUCUCAGACCUGUGUUGUCGUUGUAAUUUUGUUAUCCUAGACUGCAUUGUAAUCUAACAUUCUGCCAAUAUCCUUUAGAGACUAACUCCAAUUGUUCUAAAAUUACCAAAAACAAAAAACCUUUUCUUCAUUCUUUUUAGAACGAAAUUGAUGUAUGUACGUCUUUUCUUUUUGUUUAAAUGGUUUUUGUUGUAUUCCCUUAAGAAUAAAAAGAAGAAUAUUACUUGUUUAAGUUGUUAUAUGAGAAAAAAAAAAAAAAAAAAACAAAAAUAUAAACUCCAGUAUUUCAUUAUUCCAAUAUUUUAUCAAAAACAAAGAAAAACAAAAUAAAUUAAUAAUAUUAACAAAACUAUGCAAAACCAAACCUGAAUUAUAAAAAACAAAAAAGUGUAAAAGUAAAUUUAUAGCAUUUAAUAUUUUCAGUUAAAGAAAAAACAAAUAUCAUAAAUGUCAUUCUCGAAGAGUGUACAUAAGACACUUAGAAAGUAAAACAAAAGUAAAAAACAUUUAAUAAUUUAAUAAACAAAACAAAAGCUAUGAAAUUAAUACAAAUACAAAAAAAAAACUUAAAAAAAGUUUAUAAAAGAAAAAAAAACAUAA